GGUAACGCGGGCGCUCACUCGCGCCCUAAAGAGCCUAUGAUACCCUUCGCUCACCGUGGGCGCCUGUUAAAAUGGCGGCUGCCAGCGAAGCAACAAGUGAGAGGGCAAUGAUGUUGAUGGAAAUGUUUGACGACGACAACAAUUACACAUACCACGCUGACACCGACGACGAAACUGACGACGAAAUAAUAAUUGAAAACAUCGAUCGAAGCAUCAACGAAGGUUUAUUUAUAGCGGCAUCCCUUUGUCAACCAAAGAGGAAAAAGCCUACAAGAAUCAGAGAUUAUGUAGAAAGAACAGUACAGGAGUACUGUGAAGUAGAAUUCCAUCAGCAUUUUCGAAUGCACAGGGCAGAUUUUGAAGUACUUUGUAACUGGAUUGGCCCCUUGUUGCCCAAGGAGCGUACAAUCAGCUUGGAGAAAAAAAUGCUGGCAACAUUGUGGUUCCUUGGGAACCAAGAAUCCUUCAGAGGGAUUGGCGACAGAUUCAAUCUCAGCAAAGGAUCACUUAGGAGAGUAAUCCAUCUUAUCUGCCGCACACUAGCAUCUCAUCAAAAGAAAUGGAUUAAGUGGCCAUCUCUGGCUGAAAUGCAUGAAAAUGCGUCGCAGUUCCAAGCAAGAGCUGGUUUUCCGGGUGUUAUUGGAGCUCUAGAUGGGACCCAUGUUCAAAUAACAGCUCCAAGCCAGCACAGGGACUCCUUUGUCAAUCGUAAAAAGGACAUAAGUAUCCAAAUGCAGGUUAUCUGCAAUAAAUCCCUUUUGUUUUUGGAUGUGUGUGCAGGAUAUCCAGGUUCCGUGCACGAUGCACGGGUUUUUCGUAACAGCUCAAUUUGUAAAUAUUUACAAGAUAAUCCGCUGCCUCCCGCUUUUCAUCUGCUAGGGGAUUCUGCAUAUCAAUUGACAAAUACAGUUUUGGUGCCUUUUAGAGAUAAUGGUCAUUUGACCGACAGUGAAAAGAAGUACAAUAGGGCGCAUUCCUCAACGCGAGUAGAAAUAGAGCGAGCGAUAGGGUUAUUGAAGGGAAAAUUUAGAAAACUCAAGUUUGUAGACAUGCAGAUAGUUGAAGAUAUCCCUGUCAUCAUGGUGGCAGCUUGUGUCUUACACAAUUUUAUCAUUCUGAACAGAGGCAUUGAUGAAGAUGAGAUCAUUACAGUUGAUGAUGUGUAUAAUUACCAAGAUGAGGGUGAAGACAGACCUGCUUCCAGCGGUAUUCGAAAGCGCCUAGAAAUUGCACGUGCGCUACCAUAAAUCACCAGCUACAGUGUACUAAAAGACAGAGACUUUUUUUUUUUUUCAAGUUUUUAUUUUCUCAACCAAUAAUGUAUCUUAAAUAAAAGGUACUGCAAAAAUGUGUUUAGGACUGAACACUGUGCAUCUAUACAGCAUUCAAAAAGAAGGGUGUGCAUGCACACACAAAAGAGCAUAGACAGAGACUGAGAAACAUGUAAAAGGAGUAAACUGUACGAAACUUUUCAGCAGCCCACAGAGAUAAGCACUCCCGUUUGAAGUAUCAACUGACCAGUAGGAGAGAUGAAAUGUUUCCCCAAGAAAGCAUAAUGCCAAUACUGUCCAAUAACAUGUGGCAACCACAUGAUUACAACUGGCAAAAUUUGGGCAGUACUCAUAGGUUUCAUUCACAAUUUGACCAUUUCCCAAACUCAGGAAAUAUCCAUAUAAAAAAUAUUCACACAAGAAAACCUCUGGAAAUGGCAUAUUAAAUGACCCAUCUUAGUUAACACCAAAAAUAACUUAAACAAAAUGUUAGUCACUGAAACUUUGACAUGAAAUCAUUAUUUUCAUUCCUAAAGUUUGCAUAUGUAGCAUCACGACUAAACAGACUUCGUAGUCCUGUUUGCCCCCACUGGAGCAUAGGACUGCAAACAAAUCAAUAAACAGUACCCACAUAAAUAACAUAUCAAUAAAAACAAUUAGAAGUUGCACAGUAAUUGACGUGAUAAUUGGUAGAACAUGGAGGAAAUAAUGUCUGUUUAACAACAGACAGAGAAUUUGUGCUUUUUCAAUUUUUUAGUCUGAACUGCCAGGACGGGGUGGUGCAUGUAGCUUGUUUAUGUAGCUCUUAAGGAGAUCAUUUUUUUCUUGGAAGAGCUUUGUUUGGUCAGCCAAGUGUUUGUCCAGGAGAUCAAUUUUGUGCUUCAGAAGAUUCUUCUUCUCUUUCAUGAUUAGGUUUUUCUCCUGAAAUUCCUGUCUUAAUUUGCCCAUUUCUUCUUUUUGCUGCUGAGCAUAGUCUAAAAACCACUGUGGUGGUCCUGCCACAGUUCUCUUCCGUUUCUUGCUCCUUCUGUCCAAGAAAUCAGGGUUUGGGGACUUGGCUGAUGUGGACUGUGCAGUCGAUGCUGAUGGAGAUGCGGGAGUUGAUGGGGACUGUGCGGUGGAUGUUGAUGUUGAUGUGGACGGUGCCGCCAAUGACAAUGGGCCCAGUGCCUUUUGUGUAUAGUCGU